UUUCUAUUGUCAGUUUCUUUCUCCCACAAUUAUGGCUUCGUUAUCUCAGCCAAUCCUCAAAACAAACUUAUAGAUAUUUUAGCAUUAUUAUUCUUCAUAUACCCUUUUCUUGUUUCAUUCCGUUUUCUAAAUAAACUCCCUCUUUCCCCACCUCUCUCCUCUAUUUCAUCUUCAUUAUGCGUUCUCAUCAAAACAUUUCUCCUUUGUUGCUCAUCUUCUCCCUACUUUUCGUUGUUGCCACCUCUUGCUCUAAUGGAACAUGCAAGCUCGAUGACAAAUGCUCAGCAGACGCAGAUUGUGAACCUGGGCUAUACUGUUUGGCUUGUAAUCUAUCCUUUCAAGGCCACAGAUGUGUUAGAUCAACUGGCACAGAUCCGUUUAAUUUAGUGAAUAAUACUUUACCAUUCAACAAGUACUCAUUUCUAACGACCCACAAUGCUUUUGCCAUUGAGGGAGAGCCGUCACAUACUGGGAUACCCAGAGUAACCCCCACCAAUCAAGAAGACACUGUUACGCAACAGCUCAAUAAUGGUGUUCGGGGUCUAAUGCUUGAUACCUAUGAUUUUGACGGAGAUAUAUGGUUGUGCCACUCAUUCGGAGGCAAUUGCCACGACUAUACUGCAUUUGAACCAGCAAUAGACACAUUGAAGGAAAUUGAAGCCUUCUUAUCAGCAAAUCCCUCAGAAAUUGUGACGUUGAUCUUGGAAGAUUAUGUAGAGACCCCAAAUGGUUUGACCAAAGUAUUCACAGAUGCAGGACUAAAGAAAUAUUGGUUUCCUGUGUCAAAAAUGCCCAAAGGUGGUCAAGAUUGGCCCCUUGUGAGUGACAUGGUGGCUAAUAACCAAAGACUAAUUGUUUUUACUUCCAUCAAAUCCAAAGAACAGAGUGAAGAGAUUGCUUACCAAUGGAAUUACAUGGUCGAAAAUCAAUAUGGGGAUGGAGGAAUGAAAAAAGGAAGUUGCCCCAAUCGAGCAGAGUCAUCGCCAAUGGAUGAUAAAAGUAAAUCAUUGGUGUUGGUAAAUUACUUUAGGUCAGUGCCAUUGAAGCCAUUGGCUUGUGCUCAGAACUCAGGGGACCUCCUUGACAUGCUUAAGACAUGUCAUGAUGCUGCUGCUAAUCGUUGGGCUAAUUUCAUUGCCGUUGAUUAUUACAAGAGAAGUGAUGGAGGAGGUGCAUUUUUAGCUACAGAUACCCUCAAUGGGCAGCUAUUGUGCCAGUGUGGUGAUAUACAUUCUUGUGCGAAGGGAUCUCCCCCAGGAGGCUGCACUUCUCGAUCAUGACCGAGAAAAAAUAUUUUCUUUAAACAAUAGAUACACCUUUCUUUUGUUUUAAUUUUCCUAUUUUGGAGAAUAUGCAGGGGAGUAUGAUGGGCAUGGUUGCUUCUCCAUAUUCAUGUAAUUGUUGUGUAUGAUAUGAACAACAAACUCUUGGAGAUACGUUUUGUACCUUUGAAGAGAAAAUAUAAAAGAACAAAGAAUUUUUCAGUUUUGUCCGUUA